AUGCCGCCCGUUUACACCAAUCAUCAUGGCUCAUUUGACGACCGUGCUGAGGAAGCGGCAGCGGCGAAGCUCUGGUCUGUCUACGUUGAUGAAGCAGAGCGGUACGACAAAUCGCUUGUCGCAAGCUGGAAAAGUGACAUGGAGGGAAUGCUGAUAUUCGCUGGUCUAUUCUCUGCCAGUUUAACUGCGUUCCUCAUUGAAAGCUACAAAACCCUCGUUCAAGAUCCUGGCGAUGCGACUGUCCAACUUUUGCAGCAAAUCCUCGUAGUGUCAUCCAACAACUCCACGUCAACACCCAUUAUUCAGGAACCCUUCACACCAGCCGUGUCGUCUCUUGUCUGCAAUGCAUUGUGGUUCACUAGUUUGGGCUUGAGUCUCUCUUGCGCUCUUGUCGCGACGUUGCUUGAGCAAUGGGCUCGGGAUUUUCUACACCGAGCCAACAUUCGUUCUUCUCCUGUCGUUCGUGCGCGAAUUUACUCGUAUCUUUACUAUGGUCUUCGACGGUACAAAAUGCAUGCGGUUGUCGAAAUCAUACCCUUGCUCCUGCAUGCCUCACUUAUUUUCUUCUUCGGCGGCCUCAUUGCCUUCCUACUUCCAGUCAACAAGAUCAUGGCGGGACUUGUGGGAGCCAUAUUGGGUCUGGUCAUGAGCGUCUAUGCAUUCCUGACCAUUUUCCCUCUGCUUCGGUUCAACUCUCCAUAUCGAACGCCGCUCUCAAAUACCAUCUGGGGCAUGUCCCAGUCCUGCGCUCGGCUUUGGCAGCGUCAUAAAUAUCCCAAUAAGCAUUCUGAUGAUGUCCCAAGCACCAUUGUCGACAACAUAAUCGAGAAUGCGGUCGAACCAUCAGAAUCUCGACAAGAGCGCGACACUUCUGCUCUUAUAUGGACAACGAGAUCUAUGUCCGACGACACUGAGCUGCAAACCUUUGUUGAAGCCAUACCUGAUGCGAUCUGGGGUCCAAAGCAACAACAUCGUAGAAACGUCACAUUGAUGACUACUUUGCGCGACUCGGAGCAAGUAAAUCUGCCCUUCAGGAUUGCCGAACUGUGGCGCAGUAGCAAUAAUGGGGUUCUAUCUACUGAUGCAAUUGAACGACGUGAACAUGCUUGCCUCAAGGCGCUUUGGGCACUUUGCAGUGUACCACCAUCACCCCUAGUCACUCCUGAUGCACUUCCUAGUGUCCUGGUGCAUGUUCCAUUGUUUCGCUACCUCAGACUUCCGCGGUCACCAAGCAUAUUGUCUUCACCAUUCUUCAUCUCCAUGAAAGCAAUGGCCAGUUGGAACGGGCUUGAAUGGUUGCGGAUGUAUUUACCGCGAUGCUAUACUAGGACGUCGACUGUUUCCAAAUUUCAACCAGUUCGACGUUACAUCUCUCGGUUCUUUCCGCACGCAGCACAGAUCAAUCAAAAUCUAGCGAAACUUGAAUUGUCCGUGAGCAGUCGCCAGCAGUUUGACAUGGCUUCCAAAGAACUCUGCGACUCCAUCUCUCAAUUCCUCUUUUUUGAGUACUUGCAAAGGACGGCAACUUGUACCUCGCUUCCCUAUCGAUGGCAAGAGACUCGUAACAUCAUCUAUCCUUCGGGCCUCAUACCACGAAACUGCCUUGUAGAGGUAGAAGCAGUGCUUGAUACUGCGCCUUUGCACGUUGAUCAUACUAGUGGGGUCCCUCAACUGCUCGUCAUGAGAGAGCUUUGUAGUCUUUGGCAGCCCCAAGAAAGGAGACUGAUACCCAAUAGCAUUGUUGAAUAUCUCAAGCAUCAUGGCAGCGAUGGGGACACAUCCACUCCUCUCGAUGCCUCGAAAAAUUACGAAGCUUGGAGGCUUCUUGACACCGGACUGCAUGCAUAUAUGUGGCGUUGCUUUCCCACUACCAUCGUUGCGAUUGAAUCACCAACCACUCAAACAUUGCCUCCACCAUCGCUCCAUGAUGUGCUAAUUGUGAUCUGGAUAUGUGCGCAAACAAUCGUGGAAAGCCCGGCGAACGAACCACCACCUGCUUCCAAAGAGGAGAUUCAAGCUGUUGUCGAGGUAUUGACAACAUGCGCCUCACCCAUGGCUCCAGCAGUUUUAUUCGUGGUCAAAACCAUACUGGUGGACCAACGGAUCUUUCCUCCCCCAUCUAACACAGCGCAGUCCGUCAGCGAUGCAUGCAGCCCCACGAAACUCGAAGCUAUCGUCCUCGUCAUCUCGGAAUUCCUCGAAAGAUAUGUCUUCACAGAUGUAACCGACACGGCCCGCGCUGUUGCAGCCUUGCAACCCAUGAUGGAAUUCUAUCUCUCCGAGUCGUCCGUCAACGACGACUUGGUCGUAGACAUGACUCACCAAACUCGUUUCGCUCGCAGUCUACGGCAACUAACAGAAAGCCCACAAGGUUCAACGUUGGGAUACCCAGUCGUGCGUAAGGUACUGGACGGCGCUGUGUUCGAGCCACCAGAUGGUUUAGCCCGCUUUCACUGGAUAACUGAACCGGCGGCCCAGACAGAUCUCGAUAUUGUGCGGUCACGAAUAGCACAGGCGGUGCCCUGUUUGUGA